AGUUCUGUGACGACGCAUUAAGUAAGAGGUCGAUGCUAGAGGGAGUGAGAUAGAGAGAGAGAGAGAGAGAGAGAGAUAGAGAGUGAGAGAUAGAGAGUGAGAAAGGGAGAGAGUGUGAGCGAGGGGCAGCUGGUGCGCGACGUGUGUACGCAGCAAGUGGAGAGAGAGGGAAAGAGAGCGAGAGAGAGAGAGAGAGAGCGAGCGAGAGGACGUGAGAAAGAGAGCGCGAAAGAGAGAGUGAGAGGGAGAAUGGGAGCGAAAAGGAGGCGCCGCCGACCUUCGCUUUUACGAAAUGAAGGAGCGAAGGAGGCGGACAAACGCGCGCGCUUAUACCGGUUCCACGGACUCUCUCUCUUCGAGCGGUUCUCUCGUGGCAUCCCGUCGCCGUUUACGAUCGACUUGACGUCGCCGAACACGUCGAGGUGCUCGCCGCGGUGUUGGCCGGCUAACGUCCGCCUGAGCACGUCCGUCACCGCGUCGUUACCGGCACGUGACAGAACGCUCGUGUCUCGAAGCCCGUUCUCUCGUGGGUUCGUGAGACGAGGGCGCAAGCCGUGCCCGCGAAUGUCGCGUCGCGAGUGGUCGCGAGUUGCCGUGUGGCGAUGGCGAUGCCAGCCGCGAAAAGUGACUCGUCCGUCGGCGCGGCCGUGACACGGACCGAUCGAUCGAUCGAUCAGCUGAAUGUCGAUGCUAAAUUGGGCGCGCGCGGCGCGUUACAUUCGGCCGGCGAGCGCGCGCGAGUGCCGAGCGCCGAACGUUUAACUGCUCCGUCCGGCGGGCGUAUUGCAGGCGCGUCAUCCCCGACGCGCCUGCGACGCCACGCGAGAUCGCGACCACGGUUCGCGCUUGAACAUCCCGCCGAUGUUCCCCCACGGGAAAACUCUCGCGUAUCCUCGCCCGGAGGGAAAAAAAACUCCGGCCGGUUUGGUUCACGCGCGCGGAACGUCCGCGACGCUCAUGGGAUCGCGGUACCACAAUCUCUGGAACGUGCGGUGAGUGGCCGAUAUGGUAAGGCAUCGCGUGCGGGUGUUGUCCGCCUCACGGCGAAGACGAAUUACGUUGCACAUGUGGGACUGCCGCGAAACAAAUCGGAUUCACGUGAGAAAAGAAAGUACCUCCUAAGAAACCAAAAAAAAAAUAAAAAAAGCAAACAAACAAACAGAAAACAAAACAAACGCAAAAGCGCACUUUAAAGAAAGCUAAUUAUUAACGUCUCUCGACUACCCAGCUGACGCUUAUACCGGAUUUGUGACGUAUAGAAUUUUUCAUCUAGGCCAGUCGACCCCCUAAGGACGAGUGCUUCUGAUUCUCUCUUCUCUUCGCGUUCGCGGCGUUCGUCGUAUAAUCCUUAUGGUCGCAGCAUUGUCUAUCGAAGAUUAACAUUAUUGACACGGCUCCACAGGUGUGUCUGGAUUGUCCAAGCGUCUUCUGCUAUUACCAAGCAGAAGAUCCGCACGAUCAGUCUUCCUUUAUAUCUCUGUCAUAAGGAAUAAUGUCGCGAGAUUAUGAGAGCAGAAGAAGAGGCGGUAGCGGCAGCGGCAGCAGCUCCAGUAGAUUACGAAUGGACACGAGUGUCUCGCAGCCCAGACCACACGGCGAGAGUUCCAGCAAGCGCAAGGAGAUAGAUAAUGUGAUGCGAAAGGCGCGUGAGUCGCAGUCGAGUUACUGGAAUAAGAAGCUGCUGGAAGCGGAAGAACGCGAUCCGAACAGAUGGCGUCACAGCGGCUACAAGGAAUUGUAUGUCGGCGGCACCGGUAGCGGCGAGCCCAGCAGCAGAGGACACCCCAGAAGUCCGAGAAGCCCAAGACCGCGCAGCCCGCACAGUCCUCGACCGCGCAGUCCGCGCGCGCGAAGUCGCUCGCCACGGGAGCGUUCAACGCGCGAGCACAAUCGGAGCAGACCGUCCGCGCGCAGUCCCAGCACCGGCAGCACCUGUUCCGACAGAUCGUGUUCCGUCUGUUCGCCGAAAGAACGACGGCGCGUCGCACCACCGUCACGUUCGCGUUCGCGAUCGGUCACGCCGGUGCGCAGCAGACAGCAUCCGAAAGAAGUGGUGCCAUCCAGUUCGCGAGCUCUGCCACCGCGUACCAGACCGAGAUCGCCGCCUUUACCGCGUCCGCGCACACCGCCGCCGGCACCGCAGCCGCUGUCGUCGCGUCAUCAGAAGGAUUACAAGACCCUGAAGGAAAAGGAGGCCAAGGUUCGCCGUAAGGAGAAACACCACAGCAGGUUGCCGGAGGAUCCGCGCGUCCCUGAGCCCAUCCCAUUGAUGCGUAAACCGGUAAAAGUAGAAAAAACGCACUCAUCUCAUGGAGCGCCGCCAAUGAUGCGACCGCCACCGGAAUCGUCGCCUAGCGAUGACAGCGACAGUUCCUCAACCACAUCUCACGUCGGACCGCCGAGGAUGACAUUGUCCGAACGAUUCGGUAAAAUGGCACAAUGGAGUGUAGACCGCAGGGAUAUGGAGAACAUGCGUAUCACGAAGGACGGCGAGAACGCGAUGAAAGUUGUCAUAGAGGGUGAAGAGAGGAUCGCACGUUUGGGUUACGAUUCGCCGCCGCCUGGACAUUAUCCCGAAUCGCUUUUAGCUCAAGGACCAAGAGGUCUCGAGUGUUGGGACGACGUGCGCGUUCGAUACGACUACUACAAGGCCAGAGGAUACCUUCGCGACCUUACCCUCGAUGACUACAUCAAGUGGGAAGAAUGGUGGUACAAAUAUCAAGAAUGGCUGGAAGCUGAACGCUUUUACGAACAGUGGGCCUCAUCGAAUCGUCCGUCCGGCAGUAGUAGUCGCAAGAGACGAGGACGACGCAACAACAAUGCUCACUAAUGAA